CAGUGGAGAACUAGCCGAAAAGGACAAUGGGAGGACCACAGAGAACACCUAGGAUCGUGGACAAACGUAGCCUAGGCCAACAGAGUGAGUGAACCACGGAAAACAUGGUGGCCCCUGGUGUGGCCUUGUAGCUCUCCUCUUCCCACGCCCAUCUGGCGAAUAUCCCUAAGAGUAACCUCCCCUCUGCUCAGAUUGGUCUAGGCCCUGACGCCUGACACUCCCCAACUGUUGUCACUUUUGUUUCCUCGGCCUGGCCAGCCACUCCCACUUAUUCCUCCAUUGGCUGGGCCUGGCCCUGUGGCCCUACUUGGCCACAGGACUGUCAUCUCCCGAGUGACCUCCAGAGAUGGGCCAUCCCAGCGCCCUUGCUCAGCAGCCGGCAGUGGCCUGCCGCCCAACCCCCCGCUGAAAAGCGGUCUAGGGCUCAAGCUCUCGGGCCAACAGGCCUGUCUGUCUGUCCCUGGCGGCCCUCCAGGCUGACCGCACCCUGAAGCCCCGCCUCCAGCCCACUAUCCUCGCGGCCCGAGGGAACACCCCCCGACCCAGGGCUGUGAUCGGGGAGGUAAAGAAACAUCCGCGACCGGGGCCGGGGCGCGGGGAGAAGCUGUGCCCGCGUGCCGUCAGCUAAAGGCCGCAGACCUUCAGGGCGACUCAGCUCCCAGCCUCGGAGAUCCGGAGACACUCAGGAAGUUUUCCGGACCCGCUCGUGGGGGAGGAACCGAACUCGCCGGGGCGGGAACCCGCGACGCCGGCAGGGAGCUCGGGUCCUGGCCUCACAGAGAGAGAACCGAGGCUGGGGGGAGCGGCGCUGCUCACGCCCGGAAUUCGUGCGGCGCGCGCUGAUGGCGUCACUGCGCGCCCGGCCGGCGCAGGCCCGCGCAUGCGCUCGGCCGGCAAUCUGAAGGCCCCUCCUGCUCACUGCCGUCAGACCCAGGUCCUCGGAGCGGAUCGCUUGUACCCCGACCUUGUCUGCAGCCUCCAACAGUCAGCGCUCGGCCGGCGCAGCCACCAUCGCCCACCCUCCCCAACGUCCAACGCCCACGCUGGACGCUGCCACGGGCGCUGCUGAUGCACCUGCCUGAGGCUCACCCCUGUAUCUUCCUCCCCGUGCAGCUUUUUGCUCUAAAGUCCCCAGUCUCAGCCACGGGAAAGGACAUAGGGUCGCGGGAUGGGACCAGGAGGUCCACCAGCCUCUCCACUGAUGGCGCCGCCCAGUCCUCCACUGAUGGCCUGCCUGGCCAUCUCCAGCCCAGCCACCUGUUUCCAGUCGUGGACUCAAGUAAGGCACGGUGACCAUGGCACAUCCCCAUGGAAGAGGCGCCCAGGGCAACCAUAUGGUGCAUGCACACCCCUCUAAGUCCCCCACUCCCGGAGCCUGUCAUUACCAACGCAGGAGAAGGAGUGGGGCCUGGGGCAUGUCCCUCCAGAAGGCAGCAGUAAACACAGGUGGCACCCCUGGUCAGUGGGCCUCCUGCCAGGACCUUUCCUCCUCUCAGUCAGCCCCACUUCUCGGAUGGGAAAACCCAGGCGGAGACAGAGGACCUCUCUGGGAUCUAUGGAGGCCCAGGGAGCCAGAGGAAGCCAGGCAGCUCCUUCAACACCCCUGCUGGGCAUCUCCGUAGCUACAUCAUCUGCCUCACCAGGUACAUUUCCUAUUUCCUGUUCUAUGACAGGUGACAAUGUUGUUAAACUUCUUGCCACUCCACAACAAGGGUUUCCUUCCCUCCAUCUUCCAGUACAUUCUCCUCACCUUCCCUAAGACCCACCGUCAGUCUCAGCAGGUUCCUUCCCACUCCCCCCGCUGCCUGGUCACAAAGCCAGUGCCCAUGGUUUAGGGUUUGUAUCUGCAGCAUUGCAUUCCAGUACCAGGACCCGUCUGGUUACCUAGAGCCCAUGACAGCCACCUCACACUCAGUGCUGAGGACACCACAGUCACCUCCUAUUGUUGCCUCUCGCCGUUCUCACUUUCCGUCUCCUGCGAUUGCAGUAGAUGGUGGCUGGGACAGAAGCCACCGGAAGGCUGACUCACCCCUUGGCGGUGCUCCAUACUGGCUGUUGGCUGGUCCUUAAGCUGGAGCUGCUGGCGGGAACUGCUCUGCCUGUCCUCUCCUUGUGGCUGCAGGCACCUCCUCGCAGCGUGGUGGCUGAGCUCGGAGAACAAGCAUCCCAAGAUGAGAGAGACAAACUGUGUCACCCAGCUGUAGGACCUGGCCUCAAAAACCACAGUGUCACUUCUGCUGCCUCCUAGUGGUUAGAAGCGAGUCACUAAGCCAGCCCACGUUCAGGGAGAGGGGAUUAGAUUUCACCUCCUGAAGGGAGGAGUGUCAAAGUAUUUGCUGACAUCUUUGAAAUGCAUCACGGUGGGCCGCUUAUCAAGGUGGACAGGUGGAGAGAUGGUGCAUCUACCAAGGUGGAUAGGUGGGUAGGCGCCCCAUUUAUCAAGGUGGGGAAUACCAGGCAAGGGAUGGAUUUUGAGAUCUUGAGUCUGCCCCAGGCAUGGUGACUGGGAGAUGUUCAUUGGUGGCUGAAAUGGGACAUGGAGCAGAGGGAGAAGUCAGGCUGGUGGUAUCAGCUGGGGAGUCCUUGGCACAGAGGUGGUGUCUGAAGCUUCAGAAAUGGGGAGGGAUAAAGGAACAACCAGGGCCCAGCCUUUAUGACCACUGACCCUGUAGCCCCCAUCCUUGAGGAACUGACUUCAAUGGGUAGUCGGCCCCCAGGUGCCUCUCUGAUCUAAUGGUGAGCACAUGGUUCUGCGAGGGAAGUUGGCUGGGAGAGGUUUCCAGGGUCACCCAAAGGGACACGUAGGAAGAGAUGGGAGCUCUGGGGCAGUGGCAGCCAUCUUGCGACCAUGAGGUGGACCACUCACAGAUGUGGUGGCUCCUUCACAGAGCUUCCAGAUUAACAGAUCCUGGGCAGUCCUGGUGUCAGGACUCUUAUGACAGUUGAGUCCGCAGGUUCUGUCACUUGAAGUCCAGAGUCCUCACUGACACCAGAGUGGAGUCAGCAAGGGAGCUUGAGGAAGGGUGUGUGAGGUGGGAGGAGAAGCAUGAGACUGUGUGUUGCCCCCCUAAUGGUACCUGCCGUUCAUGGAGGCCCCUGCCCAGCGGGGUUCUAACCUCGCACACAGUAACUGGUUGAGCCCUCCAAGCACCUGAGAGUUAGGUCACUGUUAUUAUGCCAGUUUAUAGAUUGGGAAACUGAGGCACGGUGGGGUGGUGGCGGUGGUGGUGAAGGAACCUAUCCCACAGCCAGGAAGUGACAGCUGGGGCAGAAGCCAGGCUGUCUGCUGCUCUGUCCUGUGAGCCACACAGUAACUUUUCAGAGGUCCAGAGAAGGCCUUCAGCAGAAGUCCUGGCCAGCUGUCUGACACUGCUUAGAUGAGGACGAAAUGGUCUUCCCGGAAUUUGGCAAAGUGCAGGUCACCGACAAAGUUGGGCAGAAUGACCCGGAGGGACGGUGUGGACGGAGCUGAGGAGUGGGGGUGUGGACACGGGAGUCAGCUCCUGAGAAGAAUGGCUGUGAGGAGGGUGGGGAGGCGUGGGAUGAUUUGGGGGAUGCUGGGAAGUGCCGGAAAGCAGAUGAUAAGUUUCCCCGGAGCACGUAAGUGGGGCCUCCGAUGGGGCCCAGGGCAGUGGGGCUGCGGGUUUGGUGAUGAGCAGAGAUAGCUUCCCGCCCGCACCCCCGUUUCCUCCACGAGGUUGAGACCCGGGCUCCUAAGUAUGUGUGUGGAGGGGGCGGGGGAAUUUGGGCCGAAGUGCGGUGGGACCGCGGGGUUGCCGAGGGUAUUGGGCCCCAUUUGAGGCUGGAGCUCAGGAGUUUGGGGGCCAGGAGACUGUGCAGUUUGGGGGGGGGGGUCUCCAGACUUGCUCCUCCGCCUGGUAGGUCCCCGAAGGGGACAAGGAACCAGCCCUGGUCGCGGUGGCUACAGGACCAGGGCACCCAGGAGUUGGGCCAGGAGGCGGCCCCGCGCCCAGGGUCUGCCGUGGUCCGGGCGUCCUCGGGCCCUUGCCCACGCCGCAGGGUUGGACCGGGGGCUGGCGGGCACUGGAGGCGGCCCUGCGCGCCUCUGCCAGCCCUGUGAGUCGGGGGCAUGGACUUGCAGCGCAGGGCUUCCUGCGACCGCUCCCGCCCGCCUCCGCCGCCGCCGGGGAUUAGUACGCUCCUGGCCGCGCGGCGGGAUUAACCCGCGUGGACGCGGCGCCCGGCUCGGGGAUUACGGCGCGCCCCCCCGACGGAUAUAUUCCCGCGGCGACGGCGCCGGCGGGCGGGAGGAAUGGCGGCGGCGCGGGGCGCGGCGGGCCGCAGGGGUCCCGGGCGGCCCUGCCCCUUCUCCAUCGAGCACAUCCUCUCCGGCCUACCCGAGAGCAGCCCCCCGGCCCGGGUCGCCCGCCCGCCGCCGCCCGCCGGCAGCCAGAGCCCCGCGGAGCCGCGGCAGCCUGAGGCGCCCGAGGCCGUGCCCUGCGCCUGCUGCUGCUGCUGCUGCUGCGGCCCCCGCGCGGCGCCCCGCGGGUCCCCGGAGCCGGCUGCCGGCCUGGGCGCGCGACUACCGUGGCCGCUGAGGCUGGGGCCCGCGGCGCCCUUGCCCUUGGCCACACCCACCGGGGGCUCCGGGGCGCCGCCCGGCGCAGGCGGCCCUGGUCCACAGCGGCGCACGCGGCGCCACCGCACCAUCUUUAGCGAGGAGCAGCUGCAGGCGCUGGAAGCGCUCUUCGUGCAAAACCAGUACCCCGACGUGGGCACUCGCGAGCGCCUGGCCGGCCGCAUUCGCUUGCGCGAAGAGCGCGUGGAGGUCUGGUUCAAGAACCGCCGGGCCAAGUGGCGACACCAGAAGCGCACAUCGGCGUCCGCGAGGCUCCUGCCGGGAGCCAAGAAGCCCCCGAAGGAGAGCUGCUGACGGCUGCAGAGUUACUCCUGGGCUCGGUGGCACCUUAUGGGGCCGGCUCAGGGAGAGGACAGACCUACCCUAAUAGGAGUUGGGAGAGGACGCCAGCCUCUAACCUGGUGUCUGCCCAGUUGCCUGCGUCCUGGAGCUCAACGCGGGAGCCCCUCUGCGUGUGUCCUCCGCGCCACCCGCCCCGCGGAAGGAGAGCGCACCGAUGCUCCGUGCUCCAUGCGCCUUCCCUCCCAAGCGCAAGCGGGCAGGAGGGCCGGGGAGACUCGGGGGUGGGGUGCGGGGCACAGAGCAGAUCAACUUUCUCAAUCCCCCACCACACCCCAGGAGGCACCAAGUCACCCCAGGACAGGAGCCACCCCUUGUCAACAGUGGCACCCAGCGUCCUCAUCCCCGCCCACUUCCUGCUGGCCUCAGUCAUCUCCUCAGCAGGGACGCAGCCCCCUUGACCGGCCUAGAACCCUCCAGAGGCUGGGCGGGUGGGGUCUCUGCGUCCUGGGGCUGGUGCCAGGGGCCUGGGCGUCCUGACCCGCGGAAUAAGAAGGCUGGGUGAGGUAAUCUCCAAGCCCCGUUCCUGCUGCUCAAUCUUGUGAGUCUUGUGUGGAUACUGAGAAAUAAACAAGCUACUACAAGCUCUGAGAAAGCA